AUGGCAGCUGGGACCUGGCUGCUCGUGAAGCACCUGAAGGAGCCCCAGCCAGAGCAGGGCUCCCCCCAGGAGCAGGACUCCAGUGUGACCCCAGCGUGUGAUGAUGGUGAGGAGGAAGAGCCCGUGGUCCGGGGGGCUCCCAGCACAGAGGGAGGGAGCUCCCAGGUUGUCUGCAAUGGAGCACCUUUAGUGUCUUUCAGGAUCAACACAGCGAAUUCCUUGCUGGAAGCACGGCUGGAAGCACAUCCUGGCUGGCUCCUGGUGUGCCACGGGCACUGGGGUCCCUCCCUGGGCACCCUGCUCUGCCAGCAGCUCGGCUACCUCAGCAUGAGCCAGCAGAAGGCAGUGAGCCUGAGGGAUGUCCAGGUGAGUGCCGGGCAGCAGUUCCUGCAGGUGAGACCGCGGCAGGAAGGCAGCCUGGAGGACAUGUGGCAGGUCAGGAGCAGCUGCCGCUCCGGUCGCAUCGUGGCUCUGCAGUGCUCAGAGUGCGGGCUGCAGGCAGGGACCGUGAGGGUGGUGGGGGGCACAGACGUGGCCCCCGGCCGCUGGCCCUGGCAGGUCAGUGUGUGCCAGGGCUCCCAGCACCGCUGUGGGGGCUCCGUGCUGGCCCCCGAGUGGAUCCUGACGGCAGCUCACUGCGUGCACAGGGCAGCCCCGGUGCCGCCCGGCUGCAGGCAGCCGCCAGCCCCGGCCUGGCGGGUUUUUGCGGGGAUUGUCACGCACGGCUCCCGGCAGCCGGGGGCGGGGGUGCCGCUCCGGGACAUCAUCCCCCACCCGCUCUACAACGGCAGCAGCCUGGACUACGACAUCGCCCUGCUGCGGCUGCAGGUGCCCCUCAACUUCUCAGGUGCCAUCCGAGCCGUGUGCCUGCCGCCCGCCCCGCGGGACCUGCUGCAGGGCACGCAGUGCUGGGUGUCGGGCUGGGGCUACACCGCACCUGGCCAAGCACAGGUGGCCGGGACGCUGAAGGAGGCGCUGGUGCCCCUGAUCGGCACCCGGAGGUGCAACAGCUCCUGCGUGUACAAGGGUGAGCUCACGGCCAGGAUGCUGUGUGCAGGACACCUGCAGGGACACGUGGACGCCUGCCAGGGGGACAGCGGGGGCCCGCUGGUGUGCUGGGAUGGAUCCACGUGGCGGCUGGUGGGAAUUGUGAGCUGGGGCCAGGGCUGUGCUGAGCCCAACCACCCCGGGGUUUACACCAACGUGGCUCAGCUGCUGCCCUGGAUCCACCAGGUGACCCAGAUCCACUAGAAAUCAGGACAGGACAGACUCCACACAGCAACACUGCCCUUCCCACAAGUGAAGAACAGCCCAGCACUGGCUCCUC